AGAGAUAGGGAAGUCAAACACGCGAGGUCUGAUAGCUCAAACUGCGAUAAAACAAUUUAAAUUAAAUUGGUUUAAAUGGACAUUAUACAUGUGUAGCACAGAUGUACAUGUAAAGGUAUCUAGCAAUCACAGAUUGGGCCCAUGUACACGAUAUGUUGUCAUAUGUGAUUAGUGGACUAUAUGUGUGACUUGCCGUUGUACGCGUAUGUUACUGUUCGAUUGCCUGUGUAACGCUGCCGUCAAAUAUUCAACAUGAGCUGAAGGCGACUUGUGAAAAACAUCUUUUUUUUAAAUUUACAUGUGGGAUUUCUAUUAAUCUGCAUUUUUAGUUACAACAAUGGACCUACGGAAAUCCGUUUGGUGGACUUUAACCAUAGUUCUCUGUGAACUUUCAGCCUUAAAUUGUGACAAUGUAGUCCCACGGGCACCGCCCACAAACAACUACACGGUAACCGAUGGCAACGUGACGUGUGUUGUCAUGACGGCGGGUAUACGCCUCGCCAUUCCGUAUGUCACAGAUACUAAGAAUGAAACAGUCAACAUAACAAUUCCACAGAACGGCACAACCUAUAGUGGAAUGUGUUCCAAACCCGACGGCACGAACCAACUGAACAUAAACUUUCUAGACAACUGGAACUUGACAUUCAUCUUCGCUAACUCAUCUACAUUAAAUAAUUCAUACGAAUGGCAGCUUGUAAUUUUGAAUUAUAUUAUUGACAAAUCCUAUUUCCCGAACGCUACCAAUUUAGGAAAGCACAAUUUGACGUUAACUUUCCCGAACGGAACGAAUGCUGCGCAAUUCAACGGUUCCUACCGCUGCGACCGCACAUGAGACAUCCCGUUGUCGAUGGGCGUAACCAUGACGAUGAUGAAUUUGAGUUACAGAGCAUUUGGAUAAGACAGUCACACGGACAUUUCCUCAGAAAGUGAGUUGUUGGCUCAUGUGAGUUAAAGUUUGAAUGCCUAUGAUGGAGCUUGCGUACUUGCUGAAGAUUGUAUAACAUAUGAUGAUGAUUAUGAUGGAUAUGAUGGUAGUGGUUGUGUUUGUGGUAUAAAUAGUGAUUGUGGUGGUGGUGAUGACUAUGAUAAUGACGAAGCAGAAGCAAAAUCAGAUGAUGAUUGUGGUCGUGAUUACGACAGUGAUAAUGAUGAUUAUGAAGAUAAUUAAGUAUAUGAUGAUGAUGAUGAUGAUGAUGAUGAUGAUGAUGAUGAUGAUGAUGAUGAUGAUGA